UGAAUUGCUUAAUCAUGACUGACAUUGGCUGGCUGACCUGCUUAUUCACACCUGAGGUAAGAUAAGUGUGAUUGGUGCAGCCUUUGUAAAAGGAGGUGGGGAUUCUCUACCGCCUCUCCCAGAGAGGUUGCAGUUAACAUCAACAUUUCAAACAGGUUGAAACCAGAAGCCUUGGUUGUGACAACCAGACAUAUCAUUUAACUUUGAAAGCAACUUUUCAGUGAAAAGGUUUCCUCAAAUGAGUCAGGUCCAGGUGAAGUACGAUCAUGUUGGAAGAUCUUUUCCAGUCCUCCACUUCAGUCUCCCUGUUGGUGGCCAUUGUGGGCCUGCUGGUCCUCCUCCUUUUUAACUCCAGCUUCAGCUCCAAAGACAAGCAGAGGGAGCCUCCAGGACCUUAUCCUCUUCCCCUGCUUGGUAACUUGCUUCAGGUGGAUCUUAAUAAACUCGACAUAUCCCUUGUUGAUCUGUCCAAAAAAUAUGGACCAGUGUUUACAGUCUACUUGGGACUGAAGAAGGUGGUGGUCCUGGCAGGAUACAGGACAGUCAAACAGGCUCUGGUCAACCAUGCUGAGGAGUUUGGAGACCGAGAGGUCACUCCCAUAUUCCAUGAUUUCAACAAAGGAAAUGGUAUACUAUUUACUAAUGGUGACUCGUGGAAAGAAAUGAGACGUUUUGCUCUAACUACACUGAGAGAAUUUGGGAUGGGCAAAAGGAUUAGUGAAGAGAAGAUCAUUGAGGAAUGUCGCUACCUGAUUGAAGAAUUUGAGAAACAUAAGGGUAAAGCCUUCAACAAUGCCCAGACAGUUAAUAACGCAACUUCAAAUAUUAUAUCAGCUAUCAUGUUUGGAAAGCGGUUUGAAUACAAAGACCCUGUCUUCCGAGCUAUGGUGAAGAGAGACAACGAGACCAUCCAUCUGACUGGAUCAGCAUCCAUCCUGAUGUACAACAUGUUUCCUUGGCUGGGCCCUUUUCUUAAAAACUGGAGGGAUGCGAUGAAGAAUGUGGAGGCCAACAGGGAGGACAUAAAAAGCUUAAUAGCUGACCUGAAGGAGACUCUGAACCCUGAGAUGUGCAGAUGCUUUGUUGAUGCAUUCCUGAGCCGUAAGCUAAAUGUGGAGGAGUCUGAAAUCAAGGAUUCACACUAUCAUGAUGAGAACCUGGUCAACAGUGUGAUGAAUCUGUUUGCAGCUGGGACUGAUACUACAGGAAAUACACUUCAGUGGUGUUUACUUUUUAUGGCCAAGUACCCUCAUUUCCAAGACCAGGUCCAGGCAGAACUGAGCAGGGUGGUUGGUAGCCGACAGGUCAGAGUAGAGGACAGGAUGAACCUGCCGUACACUGAUGCUGUCAUCCAUGAGACACAGAGACUGGCCAGCAUUGUCCCCAUGUCCAUUCCUCACAAAACCAGCCGAGACGUCACCUUCCAGGGCUACUUUAUCAAAGAGGGGACUACUGUGUUUCCUCUUCUUACUUCUGUCCUGCAUGAUGAGUGCGAGUGGGAGAGCCCACAUACCUUCAACCCUUCGCACUUCCUGGAUAAGGAGGGUACAUUUAUCAGGAGAGAUGCCUUCAUGCCCUUUUCUGCAGGUCGCAGGGUGUGUCUUGGGGAAAGUCUGGCUAGGAUGGAGCUCUUCCUUUUCUUCACCGCCCUCCUCCAGCGCUUUCGUUUCACUCCUCCACCUGGAGUUACAGAGGAUGAACUGGAUCUGACACCAGCUGUGGGCUUCAUCCUCACCCCUUCACCUCAUGAGCUGUGUGCUGUCAGUCGCCAAUGA